AUGACAACUUUUGAAGGCUUUGGAUUAUCCAAAGUUGUUUCAUCAGAAGAGACACAAAGUGGGCAAAAAUCAUUAGUCUAUAUUAAAAAUAAAAACAUUUUAAAUUGGUCAUUAGAAGAUGUAUGUAUUUGGUUAAAAUCAAAAGAUUUGGGAGUAUUGGUCGAUAGUUUUUCAAAGCUUAAAGUUGAUGGUAAUUUCUUAUUGGGUAUAAAUGAAGGUGAUUUAAAAAAAUUAGGUAUCACAUGUAUUCCUAGGGGUAAAAUAUUAAAAUUUGAAGAUGCACUCUCUGAACUAAAAAUGGGAUACUAUUCUUUAGUCACCUCAGAAACUCCAUCUUUGUUUGUAAAUGAUGAACAAACAUCUCCCCUUCUUGGAAUUGUAGAUUUUAAAGAGUAUAAUAGAACACUUAUUGGGCAAGGUGGUUUUGGUGAAGUUUAUAAAAUGGUACACAAAACCAAUGGCUCAACAAUGGCAAUGAAACAAAUACCAAUAUUAAAAAAUUCAAAGAUUUUUGAAGAAGUUAAAAUUUUAUCAAAACUAAAACAUGAUAAUAUUAUUAAAAUUCUUUCAUACCAAAAUGAUGAAAAUCAUUUAUCAAUUUUUUUUGAAUAUUUUCCAGAUUCAAUUUCCUCUGUAUAUAAAACAAAUGGUGCUUUUAAUGAGUCAAGAUGUAGAGCUAUUAUAACAGGUGUGUUAAAUGCAUUGGUUCAUAUUCAUAGUGAAAAAAUAGUACACAGAGAUCUUAAAGGAGAUAACAUUUUACUAAAAGGUAACCAUCCAUACAUAAUUGACUUUGGCUUAUCUCACAACUUUGAUAGAGAAUCACAUUCAACAUUUUAUAGCAAAGCUGGUACACACUUUUGGCAAUCGCCAGAGGUUAGAUUAAAUACUAUUGGUGAAUGUGGGAGAUCAAGUGAUAUUUGGAGUCUCGGUUGUACAAUCGUUGAAAUGUUAGUAGGUGGUAAUCCUUGGCAAAACAUUAAAGUUGAAGAUGGGUACCACCCACCAAUUCCACCAAAUUUAUCAGUAAAUUUAAGAGAUUUUUUAAAUGCUUGUUUUUUAAUAUCACCUGAAUUCAGACCAUCUGCUAAAAAGCUGCUCAACCACCCAUGGAUUCAAGGUAAACCAGAUCUCUUAAAAGAAAUAACAAAACAAGAAAUUAUAACAUCAAGUACACUUCUUAUUGAAUAUAUAUCGAAAGGUGCAUGCUUUUUUAUAAAUCAAGCUAAGAAGGACAUUCUCCCUUUUGAACCAAUUGUAUAUUCUCAAUCAAUUGAAUACAAAAAGAAUUUAGAAGAACACCAACAAUAUGUAUCCCAAUUGGGUCAAGCAAAAAGUGAUGAAAUCUUAAAAACGUUUUAUAUAAAAGUGGAACAAAAGAAAUAUAUCAAAACCAGAUUUUACAAGAAGAUUGCAAAAUUAAGAUGGGAAGAAGUUUGGAAUAAAAUCGAAGUUAUGAGAAAAGAAAAUAUAGCGCCGGUAGAUACAUUAGGGGCAGAGUCAUUCAAUAUCGAAGAGAUUGAACCAAAAGAAAGAAGAUUUCAUAUAUUGGUUGGAUGUUUAUUGUCAUCACAAACUAAAGAUCAAGUUACACAUGCAGCAAUGGUCAGAUUAAAAGAAUAUGGAUUAAAUGUCGAAACGGUUUUAAAAACACCAAACGAAAAAUUAGAGACUCUUAUUCACCCAGUUGGAUUUUAUAGAAGGAAAGCGGUUUAUCUAAAGAGUAUUGCAGAAAUUUUAAAAGAAAAGUAUAAUGGAGAUAUACCACCAACAUUCAAAGAGAUCGAAGCAUUACCAGGUAUAGGCCCGAAAAUGACAAAUUUAAUCGUUCAAAUUGCAUGGGGUAGAGUAGAAGGAAUCGCUGUCGAUGUACAUAUGCACAGAAUCUGUAAUCGAUUGGGAUGGGUUAAAACCAAUACACCAGAGGAAACAAUGAGACAAUUGGAGUCUUGGUUACCAAGAGAAAAGUGGGGUCAAGUUAACCAUUUGUUGGUUGGUUUCGGCCAAACUAUUUGCGAUCCAGUCAGACCCAAGUGUUCAUCAUGCACAGUUAAUAACCUUUGCCCAGUUGGCAUCAAAGAAAUGAAAUCUUUAAAUAAACAAGAAGAAAAAAAAAAAAAAAAAUUAAAAUAA